GCGGGGUAUAGCAAUAUGGAAGGUGACAAGUCGGUGAAGGUCAUCCGCUCUGCGGCUACCGCAUCCAGCCGUAAAGCGUUGCUCUUAUUAUCCUGCAACAUGUUCUCAACUUCACACUCUUUUCCCUCCUCUCUCGUAUUCUCUUUGACCUUUAACUUUCCUCAUCAAGAUCAUAAUGGCGAAACUCUCUGCCUUGGUAGGAUCGAUCUUCUGGGGAAUACUGCUUCCAGGACUGGCUGCAGCACAAUGCCCUGACUACUCUCAAUACGCCUCACAAGUCCAUGAACCACUAAGCUCGGGCAGAUACCGUCUGUCCUAUCAACGCCCGUCUGAGGAAUGCCGCACCUUCAAGUCCGCACGUGUCGAAGACACCGUCACCCGGAUGGAAGCUGUCAUUAGAGACCCAGACCUCUAUCGACUCUUCCAAAACGCGUACCCCAACACCUUAGACACUGCCAUCAAAUGGAAAGGCUACUCAGGGAGCAAUCCGGAGGAAGAGCUGACCUUCGUCAUCACCGGAGACAUCAACGCCAUGUGGCUACGCGAUUCUUCCAACCAGAUGCAGAGCUACCUUCCACUUCUGAACGCCAGCACUGAUCCAAAUUCGAUCGCGAGUCUGUACAGAGGUGUUAUCAAUCUCCAGGCCAGAUACUUGCUCACUUCACCACACUGUAACUCCUUCCAGCCGCCAGCCGAGAGUGGGAUACAGAAUGCUCCCAACCCUAGCCACGGGGAUGAUAAUGUAUGGCCCAACUAUGACCCUCAAUUUGUCUUCGAGUGCAAGUAUGAGCUGGACUCUCUCGCCGCUUUCCUGGAGGUGUCCGCAAACUAUUAUCAAGCCACUGGAGACCACCAAUUCUUCGAGAAGUUCCACUGGGUACAGGCAAUCGAAGCAGUUCUGAAAGUCGCGGAGGACAUGAAGACACCUACAUAUGGUGAGGAUGGGGCCGUGUUGCGAAGUCCGUAUACCUGGACCCGCCGAACCACCAGGGCGACCGAAACGGUUGCAAACGACGGCACCGGAAGCCCCGUUGCAAAUGGAACAGGUUUGAUUCGCUCGUUCUUCCGACCCAGCGAUGACUCGACCAUUUAUCAACUGUUCAUACCGGCCAACAUGAUGUUCAGUUCCUAUCUGGCGAUAGCCGCAGAAAUCAUGGGCAAGCUAAACGCACCGAAUGCAGCAGCUCUGGCUCAACGGAUGUCCACCCUGUCGAAGUCACUACACGAUGCCAUCGAGGAGCACGGAACAGUCAAUCAUCCCAAGUUCGGCAAAGUAUAUGCCUACGAGGUAGAUGGAUUUGGCUCGUCAACGAUUAUGGACGAUGCAAACAUCCCUUCUCUCCUUUCCGCGCCGUUCAUGGGUUACCCGGUAGAUCCUGAAGUGUACAAGAAUACGCGUAAACUCGUGUUAUCUGCGUCCAACCCGUAUUACAUGCGAGGGUCCGCUAUUACCGCGGUGGGCGGCCCACAUGCAGGACUGGGUAUGGCUUGGCCGAUGGCAUCGAUAGUUCGAAUUCUGACAAGCGACGAUGAUGAUGAGAUCAUCUCUGAAUUGAGACAGAUCCUCAGUACCACGAAUGGAUUGGGCCUGAUCCACGAGAGCGUGAACAGCUUUGAUGCUGCUCGGUGGACGAGGCAGUGGUUCUCGUGGGCGAACGGCUUGUUUGGCCAGAUGAUAUUGGAUUUGGAGGCGAGGAAACCGGGUAUCCUGAAAACGAGCUUUCAGUAGGUUGAGUCGGAGGGAAGUAGUUUUGAGGGAACUUGGAAGUUUGACUCGGCGGGAGAGUUUGGGGGGACUUGGAAAUGGACAGGAGUGGGUUCGAAACAUAUAUAACUCAGGGAUACUAGGUUAAUCAUGUAUAUGGAGCUUUCGAUAGCAGUGAUCUCCUGAUUCAUGCCGGAACAUACUUAGUGUCCCUACCUCAUUAUGUGUUCCAAACGAGUGCCUUGAGAUGUACAUGCGGUUUUAAUGAUCGUAAACACCAGGUCCAUAACCAAAGAUAGCUGUUGUUGCAAGUCCCGUUUGGAAUGAUAUGAGUGUUAUGUAGAACUUAGCGCGCCUGUAGUCUUUCAUGUAGUCACAGCUUCAUUAUUGGCCCUUGAUUCGGAAAAGUGUAAAGACGUCACACGUGCUGGCAAAACGCGGGCUCCUUGGUUGACGCCAGCAC